CUUGUUCAAAGGAGCUAACAGGAAAGUGUGUGGGAAAAACACACAUUAAUGCUGCUUUAUUUUCUGCUUUCUGCUACCUUAGUUUCACACCGUUCUUUCGUCAAAGUUGCCUCAAAGACUAAAACACAGUCACCUUUUCUCUCUCUUUCUCACUCAUGAUUCUUAUUUAUACAAGUGAGAAUCUUCUUCUCCUCUCCUCUUGUGCCAUUCUGUAUUUUCAAAUGGCUGCACCGUGACAUUUGUUAACAGUUAGUGGGGUCUGACUUCUGAGUAUUUCAAUACCUUAUACAGAACACAUGGCUAAUUUUGAGAGAGACGAGGUGGCAAUUCUAUCAGAUUGUCAUCCUCAAGCAUCAGUUGAAGUCCUUGAUUCUGGAUUCCCAAGGCAUGUAUCUAGGACUCGAAGUGUAUCAAUUUCUAUUCCCGCGACACUCACAGAGCCAUAUGAAAGAGAUACUAAUCUUGUGGGAUACACUGGUCCCCUACGGAUUCAGAGAAUAACUCAGAUGAGUGGUCCAUUACAUGUUACUAAUAGACCUGGAAACCUUUUUCGGCAGAAUAAAGUGGUACCCCAGUCACAAGCAGAAGAAAGUAAGACAGAAAAUUUUUCUUCAUGCUGUGGCAUCAUGGGUGAAAAUGAUUUGCAGAACUAUGCUUGCAAGAAUGAACAUUUAGUCAGGUCCGGUCCACUGGGAAUGUGUAUUGAUCCAUAUUGUACAACGUGCCCAACUUACUUCAAGGCUAUUCAGAAAAGUAGUUCAAAUGCUUCGGGUAUAUUUAAUCAUGAGUUUCGGAAUACUCUUUACGACGAUGCCAAGAAUUGGGCGAGAAGACUUUUUACUUUCUUGAUUCCCCAUGUUCCUAGAGUUAUCAAUCCUCAUAAUAAACUUGUACAACAAUGGAAACAAUUUUUUGUAAUAUGUUGCUUGGUGGCAAUUUUUGUGGAUCCGUUAUUCUUCUUCUUGCUCUCUGUGCAGAAGAAUAAUAAGUGUAUUGUUAUAGACUGGGCUUUUACAAAACUUCUUGUUGCACUUAGAAGCAUGAAUGAUUUCAUUCACUUCCUAAACAUUGUUCUUCAGUUUAGGUUGGCUUAUGUGGCUCCUGAGUCUAGGGUGGUUGGUGCUGGGGAGUUAGUUGACCAUCCAAAGAAAAUAGCUCUUCAUUACUUUAAGACAUCUUUUUUCAUUGACUUAUUUGUUGUUCUUCCACUUCCUCAGAUAUUCAUAUUGUUUGUCCUACCAACACACUUAGGGACAGGGUCAACAGGAGCAAACUAUGCAAAUAACCUUUUGCGCAUUGUGAUCCUCGUCCAGCAUAUCCCUAGACUAUGUAGAUUUCUUCCUAUGAUAUUUUCUCCAGCUGGAUUCGUAUUUGAGUCUCCGUGGGCAAAUUUCUUUAUAAAUCUUUCUACCUUUGUACUGUCUGGACAUGUUGUUGGAUCCUGGUGGUACCUCUUCAGUUUACAGAGGGUUAAUCAGUGUCUACGAGAGGCCUGUGAUACCACACAUAUUACAGGAUGCACAAAAUUCAUUGAUUGUGGACAUGGAAUAACUGAAGCAUAUCAACAUAACAAUAGUUGGCAUAAUUGGAGGAACAAUACUUUUGCAAAUGCUUGUUUUACUGAAGAUGGUUUUCGUGAUGGUUAUGGCAUCUUUAUUAAAGCUGUCAACCUUACCGCACAUCCUAAUUUAUCUACUAGAUAUUUCUAUUCAUCAUUUUGGGGAUUUCAGCAAAUUAGUACACUGACUGGGAAUUUAAUCCCUAGCUAUUUUGUUCCCGAAAUCCUUUUUACUAAGGCCAUUCUUGCGUCAGGACUGUUGCUGUUUGCUCUUCUCAUUGGAAACAUACAGAAUAUUCUUCAGGCUCUUGGACGCAGGAAGCUAGAGAUGUCACUUAGGCGACGUGAUGUUGAGCAAUGGAUGAGCCACCGGCGCUUAGGAGAUGAUCUAAGAAGGAGAGUGCGACAGGCUGAACGAUAUAACUGGGCUGCAACAAGGGGGGUGAAUGAAGAAAUGCUCCUGGAGAAUUUGCCAGAAGACCUCCAAAGGGAAAUUAGACGUCAUCUCUUCACAUUUAUUAAGAAAGUUCGAAUUUUUGCCUUACUGGAUGAGCCUAUCUUGGAUGCCAUAUGUGAGAGGCUAAGGCAGAAAACAUAUAUCAAAGGAAGCAAAAUUUUGUAUGAUUGUGGUUUGGUAGAGAAGAUGGUUUUUAUUGUGCGUGGAAAAUUGGAGAGCGUUGGCGAAGAUGGAAUCAGUGCUCCCCUUUAUGAAGGGAGUGUCUGUGGUGAAGAACUUCUGACAUGGUGUCUUGAGCAUUCCUUAGCAAGCAAAGGUUGCAGAAAAGCAAGGAUUCCAAGGCAAAAGCUGGUUAGUAACAGAAGAGUAAUAUGCUUAACAAAUGUGGAGGCAUUUUCCCUUAGAGCAGCAGACCUUGAAGAAGUUACAGGCCUAUUUGCAAGAUUCUUUAGGAAUCCCCGUGUUCAAGGAGCCAUAAGGUAUGAAUCACCUUAUUGGAGAUGCUUUGCAGCAACAAGCAUUCAGGUUGCAUGGAAAUACAGAAUGAAAUGUCUCCGUCGUGCUAAAACUACAUAAUCAAAUGAAACAUGAACAUUUAGAUUUCAAUGUUAUAUAUAAGGUGCAUUAGACAUCACUUAUUCACACCUACAAAUUAUUGUAAAGUCAUU